CGCAGGGAGGAGUGUCCGUUUGGUGACGUGUUUAGCAGCACCCAGGUCCUCCUGUACUAAAGCCUCUCUUAGUACAAAAGCGAAGCCUGAGAAAUAGGAAAAUACUGCAAAGUGAAGAGAAAAUUCACUUCACGAGAACUGGGCUCUGCUUUCAUUGGCUUUUAAAUUUUGUUUGUAUUAAUAACUGAUUAGUGUCAGAUCAUCUCUGUAGUCUACUGUGGUGCAAUUAUUAGGUUAAAGCUGGAAAAAAUGAAACAAUUAAAAAGAAAAAGAAAAAGCAAUUUUAGUGUUCAGGAAACUCAAACUCUCCUUAAGGAAAUCAGAAAAAGGAGAGAAGUACUCUUUUCAAAGCAACUUAAUACAACAAUUAAUGAGAUGAAACGGAAAGCUUGGGAGGAAAUAGCGGAGUGUGUAAAUGCUGUAGGUGAAGGAGAGCAAAGAACAGGGACAGAAGUGAAAAGGCGAUACCUUGACUGGAGAGCACUCAUGAAGAGAAAACGUCUGAAUGCAAACAUCAAAGUAGUAGGUGCUGGGUUUCACCUUCCUUCAUCCAAUUUAGAUGACUCUCUCAAUGAAGACAUGGAUGAGAAAAUGGGAUUUUCAAUUGAAUCUAGUUUUGAAUGGCAAAAUAUCACUGACUUCAGAGAAGCCGGUGGAUCUUUAACAGAAAUCAAAGUAGAAGAGGAAGAGGAGGAUCCGCAGAAUUUUGAAUUUCCUAUUGAGGAAGAAGAAGAAAUUUUGUCAUCAGUUUUGCCAGAUUCGAAAAAGGAAAAUGACCUACCAGACUUCCCCCACAUUGAAGAGUUUGGAAAUCUAAGCUCUGCUCAAGCUAGGCUAGCCUAUGAAGAUUCUCACUUGCUUAUAAAUCUGGAGAAGCAGAAGGUGGAGCUGGAGAAGCAGCGACUAGACAUUGAAGCUGAAAGGUUGCAAGUGGAGAAGGAGCGCCUGCAAAUUGAAAAAGAACGGUUGCGGCAUGUUGACUUGGAGCGUGAAAGACUUCAGAUUGAGAAGGAGCGGCUUCAGAUUGAAUGGGAGAAACUCAGGCUAGAGACUUUGCAUGCUGAAAAACCUGCCCUGGAAAAUGACCUCACCCAAACAGAAAAACCCAUCAUGCAGCCUCUGGAUCUGGAAACUGAAAAGUUAAAACUUGAAAAAGAACGUUUGCAGUUAGAGAAAGAGAGGCUGCAGUUCCUAAAGUUUGAGUCAGAGAAGCUGCAGAUUGAGAAGGAACGCUUGCAAGUGGAGAAGGAGCGCCUUCGAAUUCAGAGAGAGGGUCACUUGCAGUGAACUUCUUGACUGCAGUGUCAACACUAGUGUUUUGAUGUUUGUAAAAUAGAGGUAGUUCUUUUCUUAAUACUGAAACUGUCCUAGAGGCAUAACAUUCUUCUCUUUGGAGUUGAAUGUUGAUGUUAAACUGAGAAAGAAAGAGGAAAAAAAAAAAGAAAAAAAGAAAAAAAAAGAAUGGUGCUCAAUAUGUUAGUGUGCCUACAUAAAUGAGCUUAUGUGUGAAAUUGCUUUUCAGUGUAUCAGAACUAAGUGUUAUGUUCUCUCGUCUUCAGUAUUGUGUUGUAUUAGUUCGAUGUCCUCCUCUCAGACACGUUGAGAAGAAUCAAGGCUGAACCUUGUACUUUUUUCACUGUACUAACAGUAAGGAAGGAUCAGAAUAAAUCAACAUAUGUAUAAGUUAGAACACAAUAACAGAGCCAUCAUUCAAUAAACUUAAUUUCCCUUUUUUGUUUUUUUUUUUCUGCCCUCAAAGUUGGAAAAAGAGUUGAAGAAUAAUCUAAAAGUUGAAGUACAAGUGAAAUUCACUGCAGUUGUGUUUACUGUUGUUCCAUGGCUUGAACUGAAUGUGAGUGCAGAAAAUAGUAUUCUUCCUUUUGCAUUAAGUAUUCAUACUAGAUGAAGUUACACAUCGACCAUACCCACUAUAAGGUGGACUGUUGGUUGCACCAGGUCAUUAAUAAUACUGUACAGACUAUAGCACCUGUCAGUACAGCAUAGGGACUGACUGAUUGAUCAGACAUGCUCUCUGGUCAGUCUGUGAUGACCCUCUGAAGUAAAUUGCUAGACCCAGUUUGUUCCUUGAAAGACAGUAGCUAGUGAUGGGAAUCUCAGGAGCAGAGACACAGAGGCUGAGCGCAGACGAAGGAGCACUGAGCUUGAACACUAACACUUGGUGUUAGUUCUGCCUGGCCAGCACUGAGCUCAUGUCCCUGAGGCAGCCAGGGGAGGCUUCUAUGGCUGACAUCAUAUAGUAUGUUUUAAUUAGACAAGCAGAAAUGGUCAGUGCUGAAGGCUGUCAGUCUUUCAUAAGCAAUGUAUUCAUUGAAAAUAUCAAAAAACCCCUAACCAACAAUGCUUUCUAUUAUUUCAUGUAUGUUUCAGUCUCAACUGAGCCAGAGUUCACAUUUCUCAUCUGCAGCUAUCUUUUGUUGAUUCCAUUUGGAACUUAGGACUAUGAGAAUACUAAAUCUGAAUAUAUGUUGAGUGACUUACAUGGAUUCUUGUGCAAGUAAAUAUAUUUAUACCAAUACAGGAUUACUUUUAUUCUGCAAAGAAAAUGUUAUUUUUUUAUUACUGAAACAAGUGUGCUUCUACAGUGGAAAUAAAUUUGACUACAACCCAAAA